GAAGAUGGGAGGGGGGCAACACAGUGACUGAUGAGGUGUAACUCACUCUGCAUCACCCAGGACUCCAACACACCACCGCCAAGAGGAAGUCAUGACAUGUGGCAGCUGACUGCUGUUCAGUCAGGCUCAGGCUGAGUUAUGGCAAACGGCUUUGAGUGUAAUAUGAAGCAAGUCAGCAGACACGAGGUAAUGAACAGCAGGAAGACUCGGAUCCAGCACAGUGAAGGAAGAAGGAGCCGGGCUGAUCCAAACAAGGGCCGUGUGUGUUUGCACACAAUGGAUCACACGCUGUUCGGCUGCCUGCGGAGCCCCCACGCCCCGGCUCAGGCCCUGCAUCCCGCCUUCACCCAGUCUCCCCUGACCCUGCACGGACGCUCGGACCACGUCUCCUACCCCGACCUGGCCUCUUCGUCGUCCUCCUCCUCCACCUCCUCGCCAUCGCCCUGUAUCAUCUCCAGCUACCCGGUUGACGACGGCCUGUUUCCAGGGCAGCACCACCACCACCACCACCCCCACCGCGGCCACCUGCCCUCCCAGCAGCAUCACCACCCGCCUCAGCAUCACGCGUCUUGGCACAUCCCACAGAUGCCAUCGCCUGGCAGCAACACACGCCACAACCUUUGCCACCCGCACUCCCACUCGUCCCACGACAACGGGCCCACACCCCCAGACCUGGGCCACCCCGGUGGGCCCACUAUGUGCGCCAGCACCCCGAGUCUGGGCAGCGGCAGCACCCCUACGGGGGCCUCCUGUGUGCAGCCUGCAGACUUUGGCAGACAAACUCUGUCACCUGCUGAGGCCGAGAAGAGAAACAGCAAGAGGAAAAGUGACAGUUCAGAGUCCCAGGACGGGAAUUACAAGUCAGACGUGAGCAGCAAACCCAGGAAGGAAAGGACGGCAUUCACCAAGGAGCAGAUACGAGAGCUGGAGGCCGAGUUCGCCCACCACAACUACCUAACCAGGCUAAGACGCUACGAGAUCGCCGUCAACCUCGACCUCACUGAAAGACAAGUGAAGGUGUGGUUCCAGAACAGGAGGAUGAAGUGGAAAAGAGUGAAAGGUGGCCAGCAGGGGGCAGCGGCUCGAGAGAAGGAACUGGUGAAUGUGAAAAAAGGGACGUUGCUGCCGUCAGAGUUCUCUGGAAUCGCAGCGCUCCACCACUCGACGGACUCCUUAGCCAAUGAAGACAGUCACGACAGCGACCAGAGCUCCGAGCACGCUCACUUAUGAUGCACACACACACACACACACACACACACAUCCCCCACCCUGCUCCCCCCCUCCCCCCAAAGAGUAAAGGCCCUGCCUCUGCCUCAUGACUGUCCUUAGAAGGACUGCUGUUUGCUGAUUCGCCAUCGUCAUACAACGAUGCUAAAUAAGUGUACAAAUGUACAGAGGAAUGACACGUGAUAAAUAAUGAAGUCAUCGCGCAGGCAAAAUGGAAAUUUCAAGAAGUGAGCACAUAAAGGAGGACGACAUAUUUCAAAGUGCCAGUCGUGAAAAAUUUCCUUGAUAAAUGUUAAAAACAAAAAAAAGAAGAGAUAAGAUGAGAUAAAAACUGAAAUGUGUUGUUUUGGCUACAGAAAUUCAUCGAAUAGGCUGUUGCAAAACAUUUUGUAAAUCAGUCAAAGUGUUGUAAACAUUCCAUGUUGUGUGCCUUGAGAGAAGCCGGCUCAGGCUUUGAUUUGCACUGUUGAACAUACAGUCUGCGCUUCAGUCAGUUCAUACUGUAUAAAAUGUAAAUUACGAUGUAAUUGACUUAUUGAUCAAAUCAUGUGCCAGGAAAUCUAAUUUGCCUAGCUAAUAUAAAUGAUCUGUAAAUAAUUCUCAGUAUUGUCUUACCUUUCCAAUAAUUUUAUACCCACACUAUUCAGCUCACGCCGUAAUAAACACUGGCAGUUGUUUGGUCAACACUUUUCUGCCUGGAGAUGACAUUUUGUAAACAAAUCUGAAACCUGAAAUAAGUAUAUUAUUAAAUCCUUUCAGGGAGAGUUGCAGAUGGAAUAAAAUUUAACCACUUUUAAAUGGGAUUUCAUAUGAUUGGAUCAUUUUUUUCCCCAUCUAUGCAGCCAACCGUAUGAAUCCAGGCUGAUGCGUGUCUGUUUCAUGAAAUGAAGCUGUGAUGAAUUAAACAUUGCAGAGAGUGCAGAAAGCUGGUGAUGGCGGCGCAUGCUAAAUUCACCUUUGCCUCAAGGCAGGGUCGGGACUCCUGCCAAGACUCAGAGAGAGAAACCCGCAAAAGAUCGGAUUCUGUUACAAAAUCCAGUUGAAAAUAAUUUCGUGACUUGAUCUCAUCUUUCACCACACUGUGAUUGUGCAUUCUAAUUUGUUGAGGAGGAACCUCACACAGCAUGUGAGGUUUUCUGGAGGACAUAUGGACGACACUCCCCUCCUCCACUGGGCCUUAAUAAUCAUGUGCUCGACAUCAGUCCUAAUACAACAGACGAUAAAGUUACUCAGCUUACUCUUACUCACUGAGGCAGCACACUCACCUCCAGCUUCACCUGCAGCAACAACUGCUGACUAACUUCUGAUUCUUGGCUGUUUAAUAAAAAACAACUGUAAAAGUGAACACAAACCUUCAAUAAAUGCUUUUAAUUGCAUGUGUGAAGACAAAGAUCUGCUUUAACGUGAGCAUUCACGUGGAAGCACAGUAAUGUUUGGACCUGUCAUUGGGCCCUGCAGUGCACCACCAUAAAUCUACCAAGUUCCCUUUUAACCCUGACCUAACCUACCCUUAAACUAUCCUUCACACCUUCACAUGCAAAGCAGAUACUCAGAUGUGUAACCAGGCCUCAUAUCUACAUUGUAUCUGCACAAGUUAAUUUGUAAUUACUGGUCCCAUCUGCUUC